AUGUCAGGAAUCAAAGUUCAAUUCAUGACAGGUCAAGAAACGCAACCAAUUCCGUUACUCACAAUCGUCGAAAACCUUCCAAUCACUGAUUCUCAAUUCAAUUUUAACGUACCAUCUGUUAAAGAAUUGGGUUACCCCCCUGGAAAAUUUUAUUUCUUGAUGUUUUCGGAUCCUAGUAAACCUGAUAAAGGUGGCGUUAGUUGGAGUCCUAAAUUUACGGUACUUGAAG